AUGAACCCAAGUGGUGCAUCUGAACAAGAUAUUCUUGAUAGAGCAAAGGAGUUACUAAGGCAAGAUCCCAAAUACAAGAAGGGUUUUAAAUUUGAUCAUGUAUGGCAUAUUGUGAAAGACAUGCACAAAUUUUGCAAAACUAGGAGCUCCCUAAAUGUUAGAGGUCGGAAGAGAACUAUGGAAGGAUCACAACCACAAUCUUUGGGCACUGAGAAGUCUAUAGACUCAUGCUCAUUUGCUGUUGAUUUGAAUGAUGAUUUCGGAACGGAUGAUCAUUGCAAUGAAAUGAACAAUGUAGAUGAAUGUCCUACAAGAAGGAAGAAGGAACAGAUGAAGAAACAAAUCUCUGAUGAGCGCAAUCAAUUUAUUUCUGCCAUGGAACAUGCCAUGGAACAACAAACUGCACAAUUCAAAGGAAUGUUUGAACACAAUCCUGAGUUACUCCAAAAACAAUAUGAGCUUGAUUUGUUUAAAGCUCAAACCGCAGCAAAGAAAGUAGCAUUAGCAAAAGAAAAAUUAGCAUUGGCAAAACGAAAAGAAGAAAACAAAAUCUUAAUAACGAAUUUAAAUUUGAUAGAAGAUCCAAUUGUGCGUGAAUUUAUUAGACGCCAACAACUUCAAAUUGUUGGAGAGAGAAAUCAAGAGCAUGGAGGAUGA